AGGAAGUAUUGUAAAUGGCUGGUCUUCUCACCCAAUAGCAGAACAAACUGGACUUCCCUCCACUUUACUCUCCUCCCUCUAGUUUAUCUGUGGAAGAGUACGUUUAAAAUCUAACCCCACCUGAAACCCCCCACCAGCCAAUCAGCUGGGGAAAGGUCAGUGACGAUGACACACCCUCCUUUGUUCAAAACCAAUGAGAGUAGAAGUGUGGCAUUUUGUCCGAGGGAAAAACGUACCCCUAGAACUGUUAAUCACGCAUCACUUAACUGUUGCCAAUGUGUUCACAACGGUACACCCUCUGUUGGGAUUUUUACCUCUACUACUCUCAUUCCUUGGUCUAUUUAGUAUGGAAAGUAGACAACAAUGGCUUACCAGACUGAAAAAUGAACUUAGCAACAGUCCUCUGGUCUCAAAUGUGGCUUUUGGAUUUAUCCUCAUGGGACUAGAGAAGCUGGUGGAGCUGGAGUUUGAGUGUCCUUGCAAUCCUAAAUGGAACGGAGUGUUUUCAUCUGCCUUCUUCAUCAUUCCUGCUGUCAUGGCCUUCACGUUGAUGCUGAUCAUUCAAGGAUGCAGAUGCGAUACGUGGUGCCGGAAGACUGUGUCUUUUUCCAGUUUUGUUCCUGCAAUCGUGUGGCUGAUCUUGUUGUUCCUCGAUGGCCAGUACUUUGCUUGUGCAAUGACAGAUUGGAAGGGCAGAUUUGUCAUAGUUGAUAAAGCAGCACCGCAGAAAUGGUGUGAGCCAACUAGUGAGGGAGAUGUCACACCGCAAGAACUAAUGCUCCGCUCACAGCAGCUAUUUGUUGUGUCUCAGGUUCUAGGUAUAUUUCUUCUCAUAAUCAUCUGUGUGGGACUCAUAGUGUAUGUAAUCAGAGAGAGCUGCCAGCAGGAGUCUGAGGUGCAGGAUGCAGACGUAGCGGAGCUCACCGUGCUCAGGAUGAGCUCUCUGAGAACCAGGACGACGUGAGAGGACAGCCCCCCCCCGUUUGAAAGUACUCUUUCUGUUUGUAAAUAAGGAUUUGGAGGGGGGAUUUCUUUUACCAUUUUUUGGAUUUACCUUUUGCAUUUUCAAUGACACUAUCAUUCAGAGAGUGAUUGCAUUUCAGGAAUGAAAGAAAAGCCCAUACAUGGUUGCAUGCUGCACCCAUGGAAUGUACAUGAGAGCAAUAUACGUCUAUAUCAUGAACAUAUGUCUAUACCAUGUGCAGGCUUUUCUUUCAUUAUCAUCAACCGCAUUUGGCCCAGCAACAGUGGGAAAAUUUGGGACUGCAUACCUGGACCUUCAAUUAAAUAUAUGUUUAUACAGUCAUGUAGACAAUUGUAUACUAACUGGUUGAGCCAGUUUUAAUUUGUUGCUUCAUGAUGUCAGUACCUCAUGUAUAUUUCCUACAUAAGACAUAUAUUUUGACUAAUUUCAGACACAGUUCUAGGUCAUAUAGUAUCAGUCAAAAGUUUGGACACACCUACUCAUUCCAGGGUUUUUCUUAAUUUUACUAUUUUCUACAUUGUAAAAUAAUAGUGAAGAUAUCAAAACUAUGAAGUAACACAUAUGGAAUCAUGUCGUUACCAGAAAGUGUUAAACAUAUUUUUUAUAUAUAUAUAUAUACGUAUAUUUUAAAUUUGAGAUUCUUCAAAGUAGCGACCCUUUGCCUUGAUAACAGCUUUGCUUAUUUACAAAAAUUAAAUAAAUAAAAAGUUGAAUGAGUAGGUGUGUCCAAACUUUUGACCGGUACUGUAUCUGACGGCCAUAUUGCAGCUGGGCUGGGCUAGGCUGCACUUCACUUCCUAUGGUGCCCACUGUGGCCAUCUGCAGGUAUGCAAUAAAGGACUGGUCUUUACCCUGUCUGGGAGGAGUACCUCUCUUGACUGGCCUUCUCAUUCUGUUGUGAGGCCCAUCCCAUCACUCUCAGACCACUGACUUCCAGGCCUAAACCCAGGCCCAGCUAAACUACAUGCAGUAGUUGACAUUGUUCAGAGAAAAGGGAUAUCUCUCAUACUAAGCAGAAUAUGUACAUGUAGCACUGUUGAAAAGGAGUCAUGUUAUGUGUCGUCUCAUGUGUAACACUGGAUAUUAGGUUUAACCAGGGACAAAUUAAAAUGUAACAACUGCUCAUACCCACAGUCUCUCUGUGCAAUGCAUUGUUUUAUUAAAUAAAUGAUUUAUUUAAUGAAAAAAAGCUUAGGCUUUUGUACAGUGAUGUAACACGUGCAGAAUACAAAAUUAUUGCUUUGCUUGCCUAUCAAAACAGAAGUUAUGCCAUCAUUUAUAUGAUCAAAUAUAAUACAUAUGAAAUGUUUUUGGCUGCAGAUGUAAUAAAACAAUGCUAAUAUCCA